UGUGUACACCACGUGAUCGGUCGAUGUGAAGUGUUGGCACGAUGGGAUAUCGACUGAUGUAAGGUAGAUUAUAUACGAUCGGCAAGCGAGUGAAUAAUAUUGAAUAUUGCUUGUAAUAAGCGAGAAAGUGACUGGAUAAAAAAAGCUCUUUGAUUCUCUUCACGGAAGAAGAAUUUGUUGUUUCGCUGAGUUGAAUUAUUUGGUAGCUGAUCAGACGUUUGUUUUAAUAACUAUCACAUGUGAACCACGUGUUAUCUGUAUAUUGUACCAUAUAGUUUGUGACUGGAUAAUGUUACUGCCUGUCAUUUGUAUGGAUUUUAACACUGUACGGUUGAAUUAUUUAUAGCCGGAAAAAGCUGCAUAUUUAUACAGGUCGACUGUUUAUGGAUUUUUAAUCGAUUUGCUAUUGACAGGAACGAAUUGGAUAAUCAUCACCCGGUUUUUAAAAAGGAAGAUUCUAGAAUAUAUCCGAUGAUUAAAGACUUGCUUGGUGACAGACAUGACAUUAUGUAACGAUAAAUUCAAAAUGAAUUAUUAUAUUUGUAGUAAACGAUAUUAAAAUAGCAUUUCUACGUGGGUUGUGCUUAUAUUUUAUUUAUAUAUUGGGUGCGUUAGAGAUUGUAUGCACAUAGACAUCAUUCGAUUAUUCAAAUAAGUUAACCACAUCUGUUGCUGUUCAACGCAUGAUCGAGAAUCAGUUGCAAUCAAAAACUGUCAAUUAACGAAUAAUUCCAGGACUCAGCCAGUAUAUGAUUAACAGUUAGUGAUGAACAAACUGUAAGACUUGAAGACAUUCCUGUUUUAACAUAUCCUAUCCGGAACCAACGUCAUAUAUUGAAGAAUCACGAUCAACGAAUAAUAAGACAACCCUGCAAAAAUGAUCUUUAGAGUUCUUGGAAAGGAAGAUGUUUCCGAAUUAACUGAAAAAUUAAGAGGAGGUUUCCCGGGGUCCGCUAAGAUAUAUUAUGUGUUGAAGAAUUUUUUACGGGGAACCAUGGAAGGUUUUGAAGUUAUAGUGGACGCAUGGCCGGAAUGGCAGUGUGUGAUACUACGUCCUGUAAAUCAGGAAGCGGUACCUGGUUAUUUCCGGCAUUAUUAUAUAUGUUACGCCAAAACCGUAACUUCUUUAAAAUUCUUCUUACAACGACCAGGUGUGAUAGAUUGGGAUAAGCCUGCGACAUUUACAGGUGUACCAUAUGAUAUAUUACCAGUUAUACAAGAAGUCAGUAAGAAACGCGGUGGUCAACUACCUUAUAUAGAACCUAGAUUUAUGUACUGUUGGUCUAAGGAUCCACCUGAAAUACCCAAAAUUCCAGAAGGUGUUAAACUUACCACAUUGAAACCAGAGCACGCCAAACGUUUGAGGCAGGAUUGGAAUAACGUAAGAGGUGGAAAAGACUUAGAUAACUACUUCCGCAAAGUUAUAGAGAAUUUUGACAGCAGCGCCCUCAUCAAUGCUAAAGGGGAAUUACUAGCGUAUAUAUGUAUGCAGUUUAAUGGCUCAAUGGCCAUGUUACAUGUUCAUGCUGACCAUCGAGGAAAUGGAUACGGUGAAAUUAUAUUAAAAUCCAUGACACAUAAACUGGCAUCAAAAGGCGAAAUUCCAUACGGUUUUGUUCCAUCCAAAGACUUAUUAGGGAUACAGAAGGCCCAGUACUUUGGGUACACAUGGGUCCCUCAGGGAAAUAUGGUCUGGGUACGGUAUAUACCGAAACCUAAAAUAGAUUACUCAAAAACAGGCAGCUUGGAAUCAAGAGAGAAGUUAAAUGCAUCUCACGAGGAAGAAGAAACUCACAUGUUUAUUAACGCCAUUCCAUUGGCAGUCAAUGACAAACCUAAAACUCCAAUGAAUAAUUAUUUUACUACGGCUGUCAGUUCUUCAUAAUCAUUACCAUAACCAGUCUGAUUAGAGUUCAUGACGCAACGUAAUGCUGACUAAUUUGUAGCGGAAAUGGGAUAUCUGGUCGUUUUAAAUAUAUUUCCGCGCAGUCGCAGUUUUUAUCAUAUGAACAAAUGACUUUUACCAAUCAAAAUCGCACUCGGCAAACCUCGGGAGAUUCGGUUACUCUACAUCUAGCCUCGGCUGUAUGGCGGUAAAUGAUAUGUACCUACGCCUAUACAAUUGCGGUGCGGCACCGGUUUACUUAUUAGGAAAACUUGGCGCUUUUAAAAAGAAGUUCUCAAAAUUGCGUCGUUCGAAGGUGUGUAGAAUUUUUAGUGCAAAAUGUCCUUGUUUCAAGAAAAUUGGAUAAACUUGAAAGAAAAACAGCUUUAGACUUUAAAAUAUUUGUAUGAUAAAACAUUCUUCAAAGGCGUCGUCAUGGGCAACGCCGUUGGUAAUCCUGGAACUUGAAAGUAGUUCCAAUGGCGGACUUCGUCAUACAGCUGAGACUAGAUGUAGGGUACUGGAAUCUGUUGAGGUUUGCCGAGUGAUGAAAAUCUAUGACACAAACAGUUCUAAGUGGCCAUUUUAGUUUAGAGUAAUGAUAACUUGUAUGAUUUAACGACAAAGGGAAAUAACUGUUUCAAAAACAAACUGUUUCUCGUGAUAUUUUUUGGCACGUUUAAAAAACGUUUAACGCCAACGGUACUAUGCGAAAUGAAAUGAAAUGGGAGUUUAUAAGUCUUACUUUUCUCAAUCUGAUUAAAACACAGAUCCUA